AUGCAAGAAAGCUUUUUAGAAAGUGGAGACUUUUUUGCUACUAGUGGGGUACCUAAAGUAGAUUCAUUCAAGGUAGAACGUAGAAUGUGGACUUUUGUCAACACUGCGUUCUGGUCAAUAGUUAUUCUUGUACCCAUACUAUUUAGUCAAACUGUUUUUGUCAGGCUCAUUAUGCUUCUUUUCUAUUGGAGUUGGUAUUAUAAUUCUAUGCAAUUUUCUUGCUAAUGUACAAAACUAUUGGAAUGUCGGAAAUAAAUAAAAGCUCAUCUUACGGAGCUGCAGCUGGAGCCGAACAAAAAAAAUGAAAUAAAGAAUCUCGUCCGAGUACACUGUGCUCGUCAGCGCGACGGAUCAUGGCUCGCCGUCUCUGGCCAGCGACUAUCGCAGCUUCCAGAAGUCCUUCAAGAUCGAGAUGACGCGAUUCGAGAUACUCGAGCAGGUGGUGGACGAGGUCAAGCUCAAGCUCAUGCUGUGGGACAGUCUGCUGGCCUGGGACACGACCAUCGCCAAGUGGUACCAGGACGAGUUCGAGACUAUCAACGUCGAGGACAUGAACAACUUCGUGACGAAAAAUCUGAAGAACAUCAUGCAGCUGGAGAAAGGCUUGCCGGUCAACGUCAUCGUGCCGCAGCUCAAAGAAAAGGUCGAGACGUUCAAGGACAAAAUGCCGAUAAUCGUCUGCCUGCGCAAUCCGAACUUACGACAGCGUCACUGGACGAAAAUCGAGCUCCUGCUCAACUACAAAUUCAAGCCAAGCGAUCCUCUGAAUCUGCGCAUAAUUGAGGACCUCAGCGCCUUCGGCUAUCAGAACGAGCUCAUGGAGAUAUCGAGCUCGGUCAGUUCCGAGGCAGGCCUCGAGGCGAUGCUCGCCAAGAUCGAGGAGACCUGGAAGAUCAUCGAGUUCGUCGUCAACAACCACAAGGACGCCAAGGAAAUAUUCGUGCUGGGCUCGCUCGAAGAGGUGCAGACCGCCCUGGACGACAGCGACAUCACCAUACAGACGAUAGCGGCGUCGAGGCACAUGGCCCCGAUCAAGCCGCGAGUCGACGACUGGCUCAAGCGGCUCGAUCUCUUCGCCAGGACGCUGGAGGCCUGGCAGUACUUCCAGCAGCAGUGGCUGUACCUCGAGGCGAUAUUCUCGGCGUCGGACAUACAGCGACAGCUGCCCAUCGAGGCCAAGCUCUUCAUCGCCGUCGACAAGUCCUGGAAGGACAUCAUGAGGAAGAAGGUGGCGAAUAUGCUCCUGGCGCUGGAGAACUGCACGCAGCCGGGACUGGACGAGCAGUUCACCGAGAACAAUCGCAGCCUCGACAAGAUACUCAAGUGCCUCGAGGCUUAUCUCGAGACCAAGAGGAUAGCCUUUCCUCGAUUUUUCUUCCUGUCUAACAAGAACCUGAUCUACUACCGCCUAUCAUCACUGAGACUUAUCAGCAUCUUCAACCUGAAUAUUGAUUAUUUCAAACUUAAUGUUAUGAAAUUAGAGUGAUAGUGACUUUAGUGAUUUCAUUU